UUCAUUGAGAAUUUAAUAUUUUUAUGUGAAUACGGUUGUAUGGUUUUUUUUUUAUUAUUAUAUCGUUAUACAUUUUGAGCUCUAAAGUAACUGUUAAUUGCGAAUAAAAACCCUUCACUGUCAUCGGUGAUGAACAGCAGUAGUCUGUGGCGUGUUGUUAUUUUUCACACAUUUGCAUAUUCACAUAGCAUGAAAUGCGUUCUACACGCUGCGUACAAUACAGUGUAAUAUUUUAAUUCCGCUGUCAUGUCCAAACGUUACAUACUCGUCAUCGUCGCGGCGUGCCAGCGAGUAGGACAAAUUAAGUAAUUAUUAAUAUUAUAUAACUUAAUGCGUAUUUUUUGUCGGACAGCCGAUGGUUUUCCCUCGUGCAAUGUCGGGGUUUAAAUCCACACUCCUAUCCAAACCGAUUACGUAUUAAACAGUUUAUAGGACGAGCGUUAGGGUUUUUUUUUACCAUGUCAUCACCACGACAGUAUUUUAAAUUGUUACGGUAUAUUAUUACUAUUUUUAGUAUCAUCAUCAUUAUUAUUACUAUUGUUAUUUUUAUUAUUUAAAAUACAUAUUAGACUUCCGGACGUCCGUUGGACUCUCGUUUAUUAUCGUUGCGUAGUUUCGCGAAAAUAGUGGGAAUUUUCUUGCGCGAUCGUCCGACGACUGCGACUUCAAUCCGUGAGGCCGGUUGCGAUUGGACGCCGGCGCGGCCGCGGUGGUGUGCGCAUGCGCCGGCACACUCUUUGCGGAUGAUGUGCGGGGUGCGCUUCUUCCCACCUUGCGCGAACGCCGUUGCUGCCGCCUAUGUGUCCGACCACGACGCGCGCGCGGCGAAACACACGCGGCCGCCGCCGCCUCCAUUCGCGCGCACGCACACGCAUCAGUGUUUGUGCGACUGUCUUUAUCGGUGGACUACGUCGUUAACUUUGUUCGUGUAUUUGUCGUCCCGAUAUCAAUCCUCGCGGUUGUCGCAUCUUUGCGGACAUAUUUUAUGAUAUCAGUAAAAACAUUUUUUUCUUUUACGUAAAAAAAAACACUUUCGCGAAGUUUGUGUAAUAUCUCAUAAUUCUAAUAUAAAUAGGUACUAAUUUUUAACUUACGCUCGCUAUACCACCAUGGUCGAAAUCCGGCAGUGCGUGUAGCGGCACUUGACCAUCUGUUGACCGCCUAGACUCCAACGCCGCCGACACCAUGGUGGUACUGGAAAACCCGAUGCCAGAUCCUCUGGCCACCGGCGUCGGUCUAGUGCAGGAUGCCGCGGCAACCACCCCGUUGACCGUGGACACAACCGGUGCCGUGGCACCACAACACCACCAGUCGUCCGUCGGUGGUUGCAGCCUGUCUGCCACGUAUCCGAUACCCACGACCGCUGCUGCUGCGGCGGUGGCUGUAGCCGGCCAAAGGCACCAUUUGAAAAUGGUGCCCAAACGGUUCAUCAACAUGCACCAGUGGUUCAACCCGAUCGGCGUCAAGCAGAUCAAAGAGGCCAUGGUGAGUGAUGUUUAUAUAAAUCAAAGUUUACAAAGUACUGUUAUCGUAAGUAAUUUUUAAAUUUUAUGAUAUAAAUUACCAAGGAAUACCUGAUAGAAUUUUAAUAUUAUUUUAAUUUGGUUCACCUGUUUCAAAACUUAAUUUACUUCAAUGGGAUGUCCGGAACUAAUUAAAAUUACUUACCAAACCAAUUAUGUAUCUCUGGAAAGGGUUGAAAAUGAGUAUGUGUGUGCCUGCGAGUUUGUAUGUGUGUGUUGAUUGUGCCUCCUCUAUUCCCUAUCUUGUGGAAAAAUUUAAUUAAAUCCCUAGCUGGUAGUGAUACCAUUGUGGUAGUUCAAGUGGGAAGAGGUCACCCAGUGCAGUAAUUCGAUUUGUGCUCUUAAUCAUACAUGGUUAAGAGUAAAUCUGGAUCAUAGAUGUAUCAACGCUCGGUCGUAAUCAACUUUUUCGUUUUCGAAAUAUUAUUUAAAAUGACUUUAAAAUAAGAUAAUUUGAAAACCCAUAUAAUGAUAAUUUAUGAAU